GGAGAAGAUCUUCACGGCGAUGAAGAAGGACGGCUCCUACCGAACCCGGGACCAACUCACUUCCAAAUGGAGCCACAUCAACAAAAAAGUCCGAAAGUUUAUGGGAGUUUACGAGGAAUGCUCCCGGUCCCGGAGGAGCGGAACGAACGACGGCGAUGUUCUCCGACUUGCCACGACCCGGUAUCAAGACGACGAGAACCAAGGCAAGGUGCCCAUCGAUCUUUGGAGGAUUUUGAGUCGUUCCCCAAAGUGGAAACAACUCAACAAUCGUUCCGGAAAAGAUCCACUGUCGACGCCGAGGUUGAGGUCGACGUGACUAUCGGUUCCACCGAUCAAAUCCCUCCCUUCAACGUUGCGGAUUCCGAUGACGAGGACCCCAUUCCACGGCCGAUCGGAAGAAAGAAGGCAAAAUCCAUUGCCUCUGGUUCGGGAGGAUCCGCCUCUGUUUCCGCUUCUCCCCGCGACGAAAUCGGCCGGGCAAUGAUUGAACAACUUCGGGCAUUCAAUCUCCAAGAACAAGAGAGGUUGAAGCUAAAAGAGAAGGAGUUGAAGCUAAAGGAGCAGGAGGCCGAGAUGAAAGUCAUGCAAACCGACCCCGGGACGUUGUCGGAGUUUGGACGAAUGAUCUAUAAGCAAAGAAUGAGAGAGAUCAAGGAGAAAUAUAAUUUACCUUAGUUUUUUUAUUAAUGUAUCUUUUUUUAAAUUAUUGUCGCUUUUUUAUUUAAUUAAUGUAUUUUUUUAUUAUUCGUGUUUCAAUUUAAUUAAAUAAUAAAUUAAUUACAUUUUAUUAAUUUAAUUUUAGAAAAUGUAUAUUUAAAAAUGUAAAAAAUGAAGGUUUGAAGCCCCA